AUGAGGCUGGUCAUCCUUGUGUGCCAGCUUGGCCUAAUUCUGAGGACAGAGGCUCAGAUACCUGAAAGCUGCAUUCUUAGUGAUACAAACAGACCUCCAGAAAACUCUGACAUAACUGUGGUUUGUGGCACUGAGAAUAUGGACCUGAGCAUCUACAUUUGCCCAGUGUACCAAGCUCUUUACAAUGAGUCGCUGAUGGUCCUCAAUAAUGAGUUCAACAAACCUGGGUGUUUUGGGACUGCUGACUGGAGCGUUGACCCACCAGUCUUAAGAUUCAAAAUCCCCAUAAAUGAAAGUGCCAUCUCGGCUUGCAAUAGUAACUUUAAGAUAAUCACUGAGGUUGGGAGUGGACAGUUUUCCGACUUCUCAAACGUCCAGUUUGUCAACAUUUCUGGCACGGUUACUUCUGUAGACCCGUCUGCGGGUAUGAUCACCUAUCGCCCACAGAUCUUGUACAAGUUCUCCUGUCGUUACCCGAUGCAGUAUCUCCUGAACAAUACUGAACUGGCCGUAUCAGGUGUGAAUCUUGCCAUACGAGACAACAAUGGCAGCUUCAUCAGCACACUGAGUAUGCAGCUCUACAAAGACGAACAGUACGUAGACAUCCUAAAUAUCCCACAGACAGGACUCAACCUGAAGACCAAGAUUUAUGUUGCAGUUCAAGCUACCAAUCUAACAGACAGGUUCAACGUGCUGCUGGACAGAUGCUAUGCAACAACAAGUCCAUACCCUUUCCUUAACACAUAUUAUGAUCUUUUUGUAGGGUGUACACGUGAUGCACAAACUAAGGUGGAGCUCAAUGGCCUGUCUCAGAGGGCCCACUUCUCCUUUGAGGCCUUCAGAUUUGUGGAGCACAAAAAUCUGACAGUUUCCACUUUCUACCUGCACUGCGUCACCAGACUCUGUGAGGUGUCCUCGUGUAACACAUUAUUGCCUAACUGUGGUUCCCAAAGCAGGAGAAAGAGAGAGACCCAGGAUGUGUCGGCCAACGCUACAGUCACAUCACCUGCCAUAGUUGUGGGCAAACAGAGCAGUGGAGAUUCUACAACUUACUUGGCUUCUCAUGGUUUGGCAUCAGAGACCAACUACAGCAGCCCUGUGGUGGCUGUAAUAAUAUGCAUCGUCAUCCUCGCAAUUCUCCUCAUCGCCAUGGCCAUAUACUUUGCGUUGUACAUCAGGAGGAGAAAACCAAUCAUCCACUAACAGCCACUGGCUGAGUGAAGUCUCUUCGCUUAUUUCCCAAACUGCCAGUUUAGUACUUCAUCAUCUGCUAGUAAAACAAGCCAUGUGAAACAAUAGUCAGAAACAUAAUCCUCUCAUACCACUAUGUACAGUAGCUUUUCCAUUUCACAA